UGUUUGCUCAGGUUUUGUAUUGAGGUAGCAGCGACUGUGUACUGGGUCACAUGAACACACAUGUGCGGAGUUAAAGGCUGAAACUGACGCGACUAAUGCUUUUCUCUAAGUCUGUGUAUCUGAUCGUUUUGCUUUAAUCGAGAUAAUUAUCAGUUUUAAGGAGAUUGUCUUGUCUGAGGUGUGACUGGGGCCUUUCUGCCAUCAUGUCGACAGAAAAACAAAGUCUUCCCGAGGAGAAUCUGCAAGGCUCUUGGGUGGAGCUGCACUUCAAUAACGGAGGUGGAGGAGCUCCUAAAGCAGCAGUGGAGGAUCAGGCUCAGAGUUCAGCCCCCUCUGGAGACAUGGAGAAGAUGCUGCUGGACGCUCAGCACGAGUCUGGCAGGAGCAGCUCCAGAGGGAGUUUACCCUGUGAUAGUCCUCCAAGGUCCCAGACUCCUUUGCACUUGAGCAGAGGCUCAGAGGUCCACAGCUCAGGAGAGAAAAACAGCUCACAGUCUGAGGAAGACUUUCUGGAGAGGAGGAAAGAGGUCGACAACCUGAUGAAGAAAAACGCUGACUGGAUAUGGGACUGGUCGAGUCGACCAGAAAACAUCCCACCCAAGGAGUUCUUGCUGAAGCAGCCCAAACGCUCCAGCACCUUGAGUAUCAGGAACACUAGCGUGAUGAAGAAGGGAGGAAUCUUCUCUGCCGAGUUCCUCAAAGUCUUCCUCCCGUCUCUCAUCGUCUCUCACAUCCUCGCUGUGGGGCUCGGUGUGUACAUCGGAAGGCGUAUCACUACCUCCUCCAGUACAUUCUGAGGGAGAACCCGUGUGUCCGAUCUCGCAGCUGCACCCUCACCACCUCACCAUCUCUACUGCUUUGUCUUGAAUUGAUGUUUCAGUAGAUCCAAAUAGGUCAGGAACGCUUGAGCCGUUUCCAUUCGCGGGCCGUGUGCCGUGCUACACCGCCUUCAUUCCCCCUCGUGUAUUCCUCUAGCUCGCACUCAGCUUUUACAAUCCUGCCUGCACCGGGAGGCCAUUUUAGAUUUGCAGCCAGUGGCUGAGUAGUGUUAUCUGUGCUCCACCUUCAUCUUAUAAUUUCCUGUGCAGAUAUAUAGAGAAUCUGUUUAAAAGAAAUAUCAGUCAUGUGAAAUGUAGAUGUAAGGAAGGGAAAGAAAUAGACCAAUAUGCUGGAAUUGGAAAAUACUACGUUAGAUAUAAUUCUGGCUUAGCACUUGUAAAUAGAAAUACUUUGUGAUGGGGAGGGCAAAAUGGCAAAAAUAAUCAUAUAUGUAUAUGUUUCACUGAGGUUUUGCGAACAGUGCCAACAAAAUGGUACAGCACAGCUUUUAUCAUUUGACAAAUUAUAAUUAUCAUCGUAAAGGAGGGGAAAUUGAAACAAAGGGCAAAAAUAAUAUUUCAGCAAUCAACUACUCAUUUCUGAGAGGAAGGGAUUAAGUCUGUUUGCUGAGUCCAAAUCGGAGUGAAAUUUAUACAUUUGGUUCGUUUUUUUUGUUUGAUUUGGUUCCACAUACUGCACGUAAGUAAACAAACUAAAAAGCAAAAAACGUCUGACGGUUAUGUGCGGCUGUACUUGCAAAACUCUGAAAUACAGCAAAAGAAAAAGAUAAACAAACCAAGUGAACGUAGAAAUCACAAAAAUUACUUGAGCACAGAGAAGGUGCGAAAUAAAUGUAUAAAUUAGAUAAUUAUACAAUAGCAAAUCAGUGUUUCUUUUCCUUUUGUUUGUCGGUCCAAAUAUCCAGAACAUCAUAUUUCUGCAGGGUUACAGCGCUGGCCUUCAGCUCAGUUUAGCAUUAAAAAAAAAAAAGCUGCCCACAACCCAAAAUACACUACGUUCGAUUCACUUCCUGCAAUGGAACUGCACUAGAGUUUGCAUGGAACCACAGAGGAACCACGCAACUCAGACACUCUCAGAUGACUUGUUUUGAUCCACACCCUGUGUAUGAUCAUUGUGUAAAGAUGCACCAGGGUUCAAUUCAAACAGACUAAACACCGCAUACGUUAAAGCCCCCAAACACUCAAGCUGAUACUCCCUGAAAAGUAUAUAGUGAUAAUAUUUAUUGCAAGAUCAUAUCGUCAUAUGAUUAUUUAUGGUAAUCCGCACUGUGUGUAUUAAAAGAUGCCACAUCUAGGAUUCUAGUCAUCCACAUGGGAAAAGGAGAAGAGCUGGUCCUACAUCAGCACUCUCACUGAGGAGAUGCGUGAAUCAAACAGGCUCACUUUCAAAUAAGUCUGAAAUUGCAUGAAGACUCAUUAUAACAGAGUACGCAGAGCUGUAGUUCUGUAUCUAAAUGUAUAAUAAAGGACUAAUAGCUUAUGAGUCAGAUUUCAGUCUGUACCAAAUUCUCGACACGUGAUUGUUAUAAGACUGUUUUUUUUGUUCAUGGCUGUGAUAUUUAACUCAGGUAAGCAUCUUGCAAGAGAAAAAGAUGCCUCAUUUGCUGGCCAGACCCAAAUGUAUUCCGGGUAAAAUUACACAGGUAGCAAACACAGAACACUUCUGUUUAUCCACAAUAAACAGUGUGACUGUGUUUAUACUGCGUUAUAUACACCGAUUGAUCAGAUUAUCAGAUCAGGUAGCCAUGCUGAUAACAGGAUCAAGUGUGAACAAUGGUGGCAGUGUGAUGGUGUGGGGAUUGAUGAAGAACAUGGGAACAGCAUGGCAUACUGGCCAGGCUCACUGCUUUCCUGCUGUUUAUCCACACCUGAAUGGAAACUUCCUGAAUGAAAAUGCACCACGAGACAAGUAUCAUUCCAGGGUUCCAGGAACACAGGAGUGUUUUAGUUGCAUGCGAGAGAUGCACCCAGCAUUCAUCAUGUUUCUGAAGGCCAGAAGAGCCACAACACAUUAUUAGGUAUACCCACUAAUCUGGUAGCUCAUUGUAAAACAGUUUAUUACAUGCAAGCACACAAUUAUGCAUCAUCCAUGUCCUGUGCAAAAGAAAAACAGGCUUGUUUCCUUUUUCAAUUGCUUCCUCUAUUUACUCCAACUGAAAUGUACAAAAAUCCAGAUCUGAACCAUAAGAUUCAAAGUUGUAAGAUCACCUUAGCUGCUAUGAUGACUUUUCAUUGGAAUAAGGCAAGGAGAAAAAGGGAAAUCUUUCUGUAACUUAGUGAAUGUUGUGCAAUGUGUAGAAAUGUUAAAUCUAUGUGCAAGUUCCAUGGUUUUGUAUUUUAAGUGAAAACCAAUAAAUCAAUGUUAGUCUAA